CCUCCCUCCGGUUCUGUUGGUCAGUCAAUGAGAGCUUCACAGAGCUGGACAGAGACAGACAUCUGGACCGACAGAGAGACAGAGAGACAGAGAGCCAGAGAGUCGUCACAGCUCUGAGCAGGGGGAAAAUCCCUGGAGUCCAAAGGACAGGAGGGAGGAAAUUCAACCAGCGAUUGUCAUCACCUCUUUGGCGACUGAGUGAAACGCGGUGACAGCAGCUGACGGAGAGCCCUGAGACCUGCAGAGCGACUGCUACAAAUCCUUACAUCCUUUUAAACCCUCUGAAGAUCUUGGAAGCAAUCAGCAUCAGCUCGUCCAAACAAACCUCAAGUCUCCUGAGCAGACCCAUAGUCCGGCGUCUUUCCCUUCCCUCCUUUUCCUAAACAACCGGAGGGACUGUUUUCCUGGUCCGACACCAGCAAUGCUUCCCUUCAUCCCUUCCCUCCUCCUCAUCCUCCUCCUGGCUGGUCCGGCCCUCCUGACCCCAUCAACCUCCAGGGAGCUGCAGGUCAGGGGUCACAGGACACCGAGGGACACCAAGCAGGACUCCAUCAAGGUGGUGAUCUCCGAGGGUUGCGCCAACCAAGCUGAUUCAUCUGAUGUCAGCCAAGGAGGUAAAGAAAUCGACCUGGUCCCUGGCUCUCCUCUGGUCCUGACCCACAAGAUCAGACUGGUCCCAUCAAAUUCAGGAUCAGGGUCCGGGUCUUGCGGCUGCGAGGCGGACUUCGCUGCCCUUCGGGAGCGUUUGGAGAGGCUGGAGCGGGAGGUGUCGACCCUCAGGGAGAAAUGUGGAGGAGCCGAGGGAGGAUGCUGCACCUCCAAGGAGAGCAAAGGUGCAGGUUGCUCCAUCAAACCAGACAUCAGCGAGUGUCCCAACGAGUGCAGUGAUCAGGGUCGCUGUGUGGACGGCAAGUGCAUCUGUUUCCCUGGAUUCAGUGGACCGGACUGCAGUGAGUCCAACUGUCCCGGAAACUGCAACGACAACGGGAGGUGUGUGAACGGACAGUGUGUGUGCGAUCCUGGAUUCACCGGCCCGGACUGCUCCGACACGGCCUGUCCCAACAACUGCAACAAUCACGGGCAGUGCGUUAAUGGUAAAUGCGUUUGUGACAGCAGAUUCACUGGCACCGACUGCUCUGAGAAAUCAUGCCCAGGAAACUGCAACAACAAGGGGCGCUGUGUUAACGGACAGUGUGUCUGUAAUCCAGGAUUCACUGGACCAGAUUGCUCUAAAAAAGCCUGUCCCGAUAACUGCAACAACCGUGGACGGUGUGUUAACGGUAAAUGUGUUUGCCACAGCGGUUUCACCGGCGCAGACUGCUCAGAGGUUGCCUGUCCUGGAAACUGCAACAACAGGGGGCGCUGCAUCAACGGGGAGUGCGUUUGCAAAGAUGGUUUUGGCGGCCCAGACUGCUCUGAGAGAACAUGUCCUAAUGACUGUAACGACCGUGGGAAAUGUGUCAACGGUCAGUGUGUUUGCGACAGCGGCUUCACCGGUGACGACUGCUCUGAAGACUCCUGCCCGGGAAACUGCAACAACAGAGGGCGCUGCGUUAACGGUCAGUGUGUUUGUGAUGACGGGUUCACGGGUGCGGAGUGCUCUGAAAAGUCCUGCCCCAACAACUGCAGCAACCGGGGGAAGUGUGUAAACGGGAAGUGUGUUUGCAAUGUUGGCUUCGCCGGAACGGACUGCUCCGCCAAAGGCUGUCCUAAUAACUGCAACAACAAAGGGCGGUGCGUCAAGGGGAAGUGCAUUUGCCGGCGAGGGUUCACCGGACAGGACUGCAGUCAGUGUGAGGAAGGGAUGACCGGACCCAACUGUGAUACAGUGAUGUCAGGUGUUUCCCAGCUCAGCACUCGGGACAUCACAGAGACGUCUGUCACUCUGGUCUGGACUCCACCUGCUGUGCAGUAUGAGACCUACCACAUCACCUUCACCAGCCAGAAGGAGAGUGACCAGCAGAUAACCGCCCAGGUGGAGGGUGGCCUGACCACCUUCACUCAGACGGGACUGGCAGCCGGUCAGGAGUACAGCGUCACCAUCACUGGAGAAAUCGAUGGCAGGAGAGGAGCCGCGAGCUCCGCCGAAUUCAUGACCCUCAUCUCCGGUCCCACCAACCUCCGAGUCGUCAAGACGACCUCGACGUCUGCGGUGAUCCAAUGGGAGAAGUCGCAGGGUGAGAUUGACAGGUACCGUUUGACCAUCACGCCCAGCGAUGGAGCAGGGAGCAGUGAAGAAAUCACCGUCCCAGCUAACCAAGACUCCGCCCACAUUCAGCAGCUGGAGGCGGGGCAAUUGUAUGACAUCAUCCUUGUGGCGGAGAAGGGCACGAGUCAGAGCGAACCAACAACCACCCAAGCGGUUCCUGGGAAAUCAUUACCAAGGGUUACCACGGCAUCUUUGACCAGGCAGGUCACACUAGCACCGGGACAAGAUGUUGGCAACGUGGACCAAGGAUUUAACCCAUUACCUGAAGUGCAAGUCUAUGACCAACAGGGGAGGAAGGAGGAGGAGAGAGAGACUGACUCUGUAAAAGUUGGACGUAUCAAUGGACCUAACAAAGACUCCUCAGCUUCCGUGAUUGCAAGAACUAAACCUCUGGUCAGCAGGAUUAUGGCGAUAAAUGGCACCAAGCCCAAACUCACUCAAAGACUCACGUUGCCUGGGAAGCCAAAAUUCCAAGGGCCUCUCCGUUUCAACACAACCAGAGUUGUGCCCGGAGAAAGAAAGGUUGGCUAUGGCCCUUUGAAAAAGCCCCUAGUGGGGCAGAAGAAGAAAGCACCAAUAGUGCUCAAAAAACCUAAAACAGGUGCCCCCAAAAUAGGAAACAGGACAAUAACUUUGACUGUAAAAGAACCUAGCACUGAAGCAUCAAGCACUGAGAGGAGGGAUGACAAAAAUCCAGCUAUAAUGUCUGGAACUGAUUCAGAAACAAACAGACAAAGUAGCUCAGAGGAACCAAAAGAGCAACCAGAUGUUGGCAUGGCAAGCCAAGGAAAGGACACUGAUCCAGUGUCUUCAGAGCCAACUGGGACUUUUCAGAGCCAGGAGAAGAAAUGUCUGAACAAAAUUAAAGUGACGCACAUCAGAUUACCCCUUAAGGACAGAGGCAGCGGGUGUAGAGGGGAUGGGACAGUGUUGGUAGGAAACACAUUGGGUUCAGAUAAACGUCCCUUUGAAACAGAUGGUACGACCCUUUCUGAUCUGAAACCCUUGGCUGCAGAUACAGACGUUGACUAUUCACAAGAUCCUCUACAUAAACUCCUGACAGACACUUUUGACACUAUGAAUAUCACAACAUUUUCUGUUCACCUGUCCAAACCAGUUUUCACAGGACUGCAGCCACUGUCAUCAUUUUCGUCCUCAUCAUCAUCCUCAUCAACCUCACACUUAUCACCUACACCAUCAUCAUCCCUGCCAUCAUCUUCAUCCCCAUUGUCUUUAGCAUCAGCUUCACAAGUUUCAUCCUCAUCAACAGCAGCACCAUCAUCAUCUUUAACAUAUUUAAUUUCAUCAUCACCAUCACUUUCACCUUCGUCAUCAUCAAAAUUGCCAUCAUCGUCACUAACAUCACUAUCACUGUCGCAUCCGUCAUCUUCUUCUUCCAGCUCUGAUAAAUCAGAUUUAGUUGGAAGCAGUGAACUAGAUGCUGUUAACAGCAAAAGCAGCACUGAGUCUGCAUCAUCAGAAGGAAGACCACAGCCACCCUCAGGAGAAGGUGGCGUGCCUCUUUAUCGCCACACACCUCCAAAACGGGGCUUCAUACGUCGUCCACGCCCAAAUUUAGGUUUGUUUCACAACAAAACCCGUCUAAAUUCCAGAGUUCCUCACCGUUCCCCUCUUCCUUUGAACAUUAUCCCUAGAGAAGCGUCAGAGUCCAGACAUACAUCCACAAAUGAAUCUUCGUCUUCAUCUGUUUCAGAGGAAUCAUCUUCAGUUGAGGUAAAUACUCCAGUCAGGGAUGCAGGUGGGGACAAAUAUGGGGCAGCUACACCUGCAUUCUCUGGAGUUGAACAAAACCAGAAAAAGAUGCUGACAGAAAGAGGACGAAUCCCAGUUCGCCGCCCUCUUCCAAAGGAUGGAUUUGUGCGUCGACCCUUUCCAAACAUGGGAUCUCUUGAGAAUCGAAUUCGUUCAAGGCUCUUGACUCACCCCACUCAAACUUUAAAUCCCAAAACAGAGAUACAAAGACAAAAGAUAUCUCCCACUGAAUUGCCAGCCACUUCCUCUCCUGUUUCCAAAGAAUCCUACCCAGCUGCAGGUACAGAGCCAGUAGGAGAGGAGAAUGAAGAUAGAUCUGGGACUAAAAUCUCCACAACAAGUGUGUCCAAUGAGUUAAAUCAGACUCUUAGAGGUAGUGAAAUGCCUUCCUCCCAUCGCCCACCCACCAAAGUUGGUUACUUCCGUCGUGCCCAACUGUAUGGUGGACCUUUUCAAAACAGAACACGUCCAAACCUAAGACCACCUCAACAUCCAAACAGAGGUGUCAUGCGCAAACCUUUCCCAGUAAGAAAGUUGCAUGGAGGCUCUCUUGGAAGUCAAGUGAGCCAACUGCAAAAUGAUAGUACCCCUGAAAUCCAGGAUAACCAUUCAGGAAAACAGGAUGUCCCCAGGCCUACCCAAGAAGUCCAAAUUACACAUGCAGUAGAACAUGGAACUGCAGAUAUAAUUCCAAGUGCCAAGAUAGAUGACCAUGAUACCGUCAGACCAGAGAUCAAAUCAGAAAAGGAGGACAGUGUUCCAAUCCAAACUACUAAAUCUGGGGAAGGAGAAACUAGCACACCGGAUUCUAAUUUAGACUCUGACAUCCAGAAACAGAGAGUCGAUGCUGGUAAAAAUAAUGCCCCUACCGUUCGAGGUAAACCUGCUUACAAAAAAACUAACUCUGAUUCAAGAGCCUCAAGACCAGUCACACUUCCAAGGAGACAACCACCAACAAGAAUUAUGACAGGACAACAACGCACGCAGAUGAGACAAUACAUCAGUGGAAGCCAAAAGGGAGAAGAUCCAAAAAAAAAUAAUACUGCCAAAAAGGUGUUUGAACGGAAAAGCAGUGCUGAUUCCAAACCUCUGAUGGAAUCAGAUAUUUCUUCUACUGGAGUCACAAGGGAACCCCUGGACUACGUAGGAGUGACGAACCGCUCCUCAGAUGGAUUUACACUCGUAUGGGACUCUCCGGAAGGAAAGUACAAAAACUUUGUUGUGACUAGGAAGCAAGUUAGAAAAGUUGAAAAACCAAAAAAUGAGGAAAGGAAGAAAGAUCAGGACAGACAACAAGAGGACGUCAAUAAAGAGGAAGGAAAGCAUCUACCAACCAAAGAACCAGAAUCUGGAAGGAGCACUGAAGAUGAAAACAGAGUACCAGAAAGUGUCGAAACACAUAUUCCAGGGAUACAAAGCAGCACAACAGUUACACCUUCAUUAGAAAGUGAUAAAACUUUCAAAGAAGUUCUUCCUGGUUCAGCUCGCUCCCUCUACUUUGAGGAUCUGCCUCCUCAGACCGAGUACACCGUGACCUUGCUUGGAAAGGGUCCUGGCCUUCUGUCCAGACUGCACAAGCUUGUCAUCAGUACAGGCCCAGAGCCUCCAACCAACAUAAUCUUCAGUGAGAUGACAGAAAACUCUCUGACGGUGUCCUGGACAAAACCAAAGAGUCCCAUCAGUGGUUUCAAAGUCACCUACACCCACACUGAGGAAGGAGAGCCGGUGUCGGUGUCCCUGGACUCAGAGGAGUCCACCGUCAGCCUGUCGCAGCUCUCUCCUGGUUCUACUUACGAGGUCAGCGUCAUCUCCAUCCUCGGACUGGACGAGAGCGAUCCGAUCAAAGACACUGCCAUGACACUCCCUGACUCGCCUACAGACCUCCGGGCCAUAAACAUCACUGACACCAAGGCCUUGUUAUUGUGGCGUCCAGCGUUGGCUGCCAUCGAUAAGUACGCCAUCGUUUAUGGCUCGGGUACAGGUUCAGAGAUCAGGAUCACGGUGUCUGGAAACGCAGCGGAGCAUCAGCUGAGCGGCCUGGAUGAAUCCACCACCUACACCGUCACCAUCACCAGCCAGCUGGGCAGCCAGGAGAGCGCAGCAGCCACCACCAGCUUUACUACCACCAGUGGCUCUGGGAAGGACGGGGACGGGCCUCGAGAUCUCCAGGCCAACAAUGUGACCCCUCGCACCGCCCUGUUGUCAUGGAAACUACCCUCAAAGCCUGCUGGUAGCUACAGGCUGACCUAUGAGACUGAAGGUCACGAAAUUAAGGAAGUGAUAGUGGACGCCUCGGUGACGGAGUACAACCUGACCGGACUUCACCCUGGAUCUAAGUACACGGUGCAGUUACAGGAGGAGGGAGGAGGGGAGUACUCCACCAUUUCCACAGAGUUCACCACCGACCCCCUUAGGUUCCCCUUCCCCAGCGACUGCUCUCAGGAGCUGCUGAACGGCAUCAGGACGUCAGGCGAGGCCGAGAUUUUCCCUCAUGGGAGACAGGGGACACCGAUGAUGGUUUACUGUGACAUGGAGACAGACGGAGGAGGCUGGACGGUCUUCCAGAGGAGGAAGGACGGCUCGGUGGAUUUCUUCAGAGGCUGGAAGGACUACAUCAGAGGAUUUGGAGAUCUAAGUGGGGAGUUUUGGCUCGGCCUCGACAGACUGCACAACCUGACAGCAAUGACCAGGAUGAGUCUGCGUGUCGACCUGCGAGACGGACACGAGUCGGUGUUCGCCAAAUACUCAACGUUUGAGGUGGCCAGGAGGAACUACAAACUGACUGUGAACGGAUACAGUGGCACUGCAGGUGACUCUCUCAGCUACCACAACAACCGGAUCUUCUCCACCAGAGACCGUGACCUGGCACCGUUCAUCACCCGCUGUGCCAUGUCGUACCGAGGAGGCUGGUGGUACAAAAACUGCCACGAGGCGAACCUCAACGGCCUCUAUGGCAUCGACGUCAAACACCAGGGUGUGAUCUGGACCAGCUGGAAAGGAAAAGAGUUCUCCAUCCCGUUCACUGAGAUGAAGAUGAGACCAGCGUCCUUCAGUCCUCCAGCCAGAGGAUGAGAGAGAGAGAGAGAGAGAGCUUGCGACAAACAAUGAACUGCUAAAACACAUGCAUGGACAGCAGUGUGUCAAUUCAUGUGCAAACACACACGCAUGUGACCACACACACACAGCAGACUGAACACACACACACACACACACACACCGUCAUUUUAACAGAGAGCCUCGCUCUCACCUCAGAGGAGAUGAAGACGUAUUUUUUCAUUUGUAUAGAGGUCAGUUAUCAGUAUAUUACUGUUGAUUGUACAGUUUCCUCUGUUUUAUCUUUUGCUCUUUAAAGUAGGGCUGCUUAAACUAUAUUUAAAGGGUCACUUCACCCAGUACACAAAAACAUUUCCACAGGUGAUGUCUACCCAUGCAGAUACUUUUAGUUUCUUGUGCCAGUAUUUUGAAAUAUCUGAAACUUUUGCCACCAACCAAUGUAAUGCAGUUUUACCCGUGUAAACUGUUCUCAUCGCAUUUUCCAGCAGCGUGCUGCAGAAUCAGGUGCAGACAGCAAGCAACCGAGGGUAAGAAGGGACGAGAGUUACCGUAAUUACCUGUUUCCCCGCCUGUAAAUAGUGUCAACAUCCAUCCAAAUACAUCCAACUUCUAACUUACUGAUACAGAAGUGCCUGAAAACCCGUGCCUGUCAUUUUUACCUCAGUCAGUUUGAAACCAGGUGUAAGCAAGACUGAGAAAGUUUCAGCCAUAUUUUGUCGAAUUUUUAAAUCGUGAAGCACAUAUGUAAAAAUGUGUUUUUAUUACCAGUAUGUGGUUUUUGACGCACAGCAGAAAAAGAAAAAUCCUAUAGGUGUAAUACUGUUCAGCCAAUCAUUAAAUGACUACAUGUCGUUCAUUCAUUGGUCUGUUUGCACUAUUAAAAGCUAACCAUUGUGUUCCGCUUCCCUGUUUCUCUUGUAACUGAAGCUGAUGUUUGCAGCAGUUUUGUCAUUCUGGGUGUUCAUGUUGAUGAACGCUGCAGCUCAGACGUCACUUCCUGUCUGUGCAUGCAGGCUUUUCACCGUGCCUGAUGUAAAUAAAUAACUAACACACUACGUGCGACAUUGUUUGAAAUAGGAAUGAACAGAGCGUUACACUUACAGUAAAAUGCAGAAUCAUUAUUACAAUCAUUUGUUGCUGAUGUCACCAAAAUGUUUAAUUUUCAACAACUAAUAAAAACUGUUUUGUUUUUA